GUUAAAUAUAGAACGCAUAAAGUGAAGAGGAGGAUUUAUGUUUCUUAUAUAGUGAAUGUUGUUUAUGAUUUACAGGAAGAUUGCAGCUUAUUCGUUAUUCACCGCUGUAAACUACCUACUAGGUAGUUUAGUUAUUCUAUAUGCACCAAUGCGAAUUACAAACCGCCAGAAGCAAUGACCUUUGCAACUCGAGGGGUGAAAGCGAAAAGUUCUACGGGUGGUGCGCAUGUCAAAAGGUUGCGCCCCUUAGUAACGCCUCUCUAACGUCAAUUCCUGGAUCCGCCACUGGUAGUGAUACAGAAAGUAUUAACAAGAAUUUCAUUAGACAGAAUGACAGAAGACAUGAAAUUCAAACCAUGGGACUGGGUGGUGUUCGCUGCCAUGCUGGCCGUCUCCAUGGUCAUCGGGAUUUUCUAUGCAGUCCGUGAAACCCUCGGCAAAACCGAGGCGACGACCGGCGAGUAUCUCAUGGGUGGCCGGAAGCUUGGCCUUCUUCCGGUCUCUAUCAGCAUUCUCGUGUCGUUCUUCUCGGCGAUCGUUAUACUGGGAAACCCAGCGGAAAUGUACACGACGGGGACCAUGAUGUUCAUGUUAACGAUAGGGAUGCUCCUUUCAAUCUUCCUGGCUGCCACUAUCUUCGUCCCAUUGCUGUACCCACUUCAGCUUACAAGCAGUUUUGAGUAUCUGGAGCUUCGAUUUAACUCAAAGGUUGCCAAACUGACAGGAACAUUCAUCAUGAUAGUACAACAGGUACUGUACAUGGGCAUCGCCUCGUUCGCUCCAUCCACCGCACUGGAAGCUGUGACGGGGUUUCCGGCCUGGGCGACCAUCGUCAUAGUCGGGUGUGUUGCAACAGUCUACACGUUCUUGGGCGGCAUGAAGGCGGUGAUUUGGACGGACGUGUUUCAGUGUGUUGUCAUUGUUGCCGGCUUGCUCACAAUCUGCAUUCAGGGUGCAAUAAAAGUUGGCGGCAUGGAUCGUGUGUGGGAAGUCAACGAAGAAUGGAAAAGGAUAUACUUUUGGGAUGCUGACCCUGAUCCCCGGACAAGACACAGUAUAUGGACCUUAGUUGUUGGAGGGGGUGUCCUCUGGUUAAGCGCCUUUGGUAUGAGCCAGCAGAGCGUCCAGCGCUACUGCGCCGUUAGCACUCUCAACAAAUCAAGAGGGGCGGUCUUAACUAACAUGGUGGGCGUCGUUAUCAUCAUGUCGCUAUCCUGUCUGUCAGGCGUGGUCGUCUUCGCUUACUAUGUCCAGCAAGGGUGUGAUCCACUCUCAGAUAAGCAGGUCAGCAACCCCAACCAGCUUCUCCCGCUGUUUGUCAUGGAGGUUCUAGGGUAUCCCGGUCUACCCGGCCUCUUCAUGUCGACACUCUUCAGUGGGGCACUUAGCUCAAUGUCUUCUUCACUGAAUGCCCUGGCAGCCGUUGUGUGGGAAGACAUUCUCAAGCCUUGUGUUGGUCAUCGUGUGUCUGAGACCGCACGUACGUGGAUCACCAAAGUAAUAGUACUAAUAUUCGGUGGAGCGGGAGUGGGCUUUGCUUUCGUUGCUAUGUCGCUAGGUGGCUCCGUUGUACAGGCUUCCUUCAGCUUUACCGGGGCCGCAUCGGGACCGCUGCUGGGGAUCUUCCUGCUCGGUGGCCUCUUUCCGUGGGCCAAUUGGCUGGGUUGUACGAUUGGCGGAUUUGUCGGGUUGGCGAUACCGAUAUGGAUCAGUUUUGGAUCAUACGGCCUGCCCAAAAAACCUUACGCGCUGGAGUUUCCAACUUCCAACUGCACCGUUUUGGAAAGUCUCGUCACAACUACAAUACCACCGACAACUACGGCCUAUCAAAUUUCGGGCGUUGAGCAUCUCUACACAUUGUCGUACAUGUGGUUUGCCUCCAUCGGCGUGGCUGUCUCUGUAAUUGUUGGUCUCAUCGUUAGCGCCAUCACCCUGCCACUGUUGGGGAGAUCGGAGGUGGACUCGAAAUAUCUUAUUCCGAUAUUUGACCGUCUGUUCUGUUACUUGCCUGAUAAAAUACUCGCCCCGCUCAGAUGUGGCAGGAAAUAUAAACAUCCACAAGAAAUCUUAGAAGAAACAUUGAAAGAAAAGAACAUGGAACAGAAUGGGACAUUAGUUAAAACAACAUCAUCACAGCGUUAUACAAAAACACAGGACGUCAAUGGAUCGGAUGGAGCAUCGGUAGUCUAUAGCAACAAAGUAUUUACAGACGAUGAAAUGAAUCAAAUAUAACAGAUACUCGACAUGUUGUUACAUUGUCUUUGUUCAUAAUUGUUUUUACUGACACUGAAAAUGAACAUUUGCAUUCUGAAAAAGUAGUUUUUAGAGAUUAUUUGUGUAAUAAAUAUAUUGCAUGCUAUUAUCAUAGUUUAUUUUCUCCCACCUCAGAUAAAAAGAUCCAUUAAUUUAACCAUGCUAGAAAUUCUUAUCUUGCCCACGGGCGAAGAUAAAAUGCCCGUAUGGAACUUCUUUUAAUGGUCACCACAUUGUAAUUACCUCCCUUGUUGAAGACUGUCGUCUGUAGCGCAUCAUGGAAACCUUGUCUUGUGGCAAUAUCUAGAACGCGAGUUAAUUAUAUCUCGCUUCGAAUGUCACCAGAAAACAGUUUUCACGCACCUUUCAAGAAAUAAUGCUUCACUCUCCUUAGAACUAUUUAAAGACCGAUCAGACCAUUUACAUACUCGGAAUCACUGCGCGAAUAUCCAUGACAACCACGAAUAUUGCAUAUCCGUACGCAAUCAUUUCAUUAAGUACAAAAGAGUUCCGGCAAAAAAAUACAUUUUUACUUAAUUUUGUUUAACUGAGGUGGGAGAAAAAGCAUCUACCAUAGCCGCUCGUGUAAGAUAGGUUCAUCCCGACCCUCGCGCAGGGUGUUUUGCGGAAACUCGGUAAACCUCGUUUCCGCAAAACACCCUACGCUCGGGUCGGAAUGAACCUAUCUUACACUCUCGGCCAUGGAAGAUACUUAUAAUCCCCAGCAAAACCAAAGGUUUAAGGAGAGGAAUAUUGUUCUGGCAUUGUCCGUUUGUCCGUCAUUUUAUCCAUCCAUCCGCCCGUCAGCCUUUCCUGUCCGGAACUAUAUCAUUACAUGCAUUGGUCACAUUAUGUUCAAAGGUGGUCGCGUGAUCAAAUUUUGACUGCUUGUAAAAGUAGGUCACAUGGGUCCAAUUACUAGGCCAUUUAGGUCAAAUCUUAGAACAAAUCUUUAGAAUAAACUAAACAUUGUAUUUCGCCAAAUAUACACCAUCGUUAAUCAGAAUGUUUCCUUUGAUAAACUCUUUGACAAUUUUAAACUGGGUCACAUGUGAUAAAAUAUAAGAACACUAAGCCAUUUUUGUCAGGAUUCGUGUAACAUUUGUUUGAAACUAGGUCAUGAGGAUCUAAAACUUGGUCACUAGGUCAAAUCUUAUAAAAACAAAAUCGUGUGAACUCUCCAGAAACUCUAUGUUUGCAAUAUUCCUGGUCCAAUUUGUAUGACUAAUUUGAAACUGUGUAACGUUUGGUCAAAAACUAGAUUACUACGUCAAACAAAAUGCUACACAAUAAAAAUAUUUUUUUUAUUUCAAACAUUUACAAACAAAUUCAUAUCUCAUACCCAACGUUCAUAAGAGUCCAUUAAUCUGCAGCCGCAGUGCAUCUUUUGGUUGGAAUAUUUCACCAAUACUUGAUUUUGUUCAUCUACUUUGCCUUAUCAUGUUCAAUGAGAAUGAUUGUUAUAUUUACAUUAUGGUAUGUGUAUAGCUGUGACAUAUUUGUUUGAUGUAAUAUGUUGUACGUCAUAUACCUGUAGUCUUGGAAAUUCUUACGAAACCUUUAUUGCAAAUCCCAACACUUAUCGCAAUCGUUUUCAUCAUUAACAUUUUUUUUGUUGAAUGCGCUUGAACCGUCAUCUUCGGCGUUAAACAAAAAAAUGUAAUGAUUUUACAAAUAUGAAAAUGAUAACGAAAAUUGAGUGAUGUGAAAACGUUAUGUUAACGUCAAACAGACCUUGUCCUGAAGACUUUGUUAGGCUUUCUUUUUUCGCGGUUUCCAUAAACUAAAAGAAACGUUAUCCUAACUUUCUGACAACGGUGUCCUGGUCAUUUUGAUAGACGCAGUUUCGAUUUACGAACAAUUAAUUAAUACGAGUAUACGGUUGUGAAUUGUUUGCAAAAAUAACGUUUUAUCAACGUUAAGAAAAGUCAACAUUCCUAACGUUGAGAUAACGUCCUUCAUAACGUUAAGACAACGUUGGCACUACGUUGCCACAACAUUGAGCCAGCCAUGCAUUAUAACGUUGUAUGAAGUUUGUGUAUUUGUUUCAUAAGUUACGUUGUUACAACUUAAAAAACAUUCAUAACGCCGUGGCACUAUCAUUAUGUAGCUUUUAUUGUUUAGAGACACAUCUUACACCAUAAGUAUUAACAAGCAUAUCCUCCACCAUGUACAUACAUGUAUUGCUAUCUUUGAUUGAAAAGUUAAAAAACAACUCAUCUCAAUAUCGUCUCCGACUCGUCUAAGCGACUUUCCCUUCCAAUACAUCUCUCUUUCCGUUCUAUAUCAUCUCUCCUUUUUGUUUUGAACACUUUUUUUUAAAUAUUUAAAUAUGAAUAUACAUAUAUAUUUCUUUUUUCCCCACUCGAAUGUACAUAGAUUACAAGUUAGUUACUUUUUCAUUAUUCCUUUUUCGA